AUGUAUACGUUAAGAUAUUACUUGGAUGAAAAUGGAAAAAGGGUCUAUACUCUCAAGCAUACUGUCAAUGGAAAUGUAACAUUUUCAGCUCACCCAUGUCGAUUUUCACCAGACGACAAAUUUUCAUCGCAAAGAAUAGCCAUUAAAAAGAGAUUUAAUUUGUUGUAA